ACAAUCUGACUUAUAGAUAUUAAUCUGGCCACAGCUGCUCACAAACCAGACGGCAAGGUCAAGAGGAGCAGCACAGUAAGAUGUGGAAGAGAAUUGACCAUCAACCCAAAAUCAAAGCAGGGGAUGGGCCUCAGGCAGCCCAGCUCAAAGAACUGGGUGCAGCUCAAGAACCUGCCAUGUCACAUGCUCUAGAGCUGUCAGAAUUCCAGAGCUUUCCUGUGUUUGAAGACAUUAGCCAUCACAUCAAAGAAGAGGGGGCCCAACUGGUAAAGAAAGUCAAUGCCAUCUUUCAGCUGGACAUCACCAAAGAUGGGAAGACCAUUCUGCAGUGGACCAUCGAUCUGAAGAAUGGUUCUGGGGACAUGUAUCUAGGACCUGCCAGGCUCCCAGCAGACACUAUCUUCACAAUCCCAGAACCCAUCUUUAUGGAGUUGGUUUUGGGCAAAAUGAACCCUCAGAAGGCUUUCCUUGCUGGCAAGUUCAAAGUGAGUGGCAAAGUUCUGCUUGGUCAGAAGCUGGAGAGGGUUUUCAAAGACUGGGCUAAAAUUUAAGCAUGUAAAAUAACAAGGAAAUGAUCAGAACUUCUCUCCGAUUAUGUUGAGCGGAAAUCAUGCUUGAACUGAAGAUUAAAGCAAAAAUAUCCAUUAUUUUUACUCAAAUGCUUCCUAUUCAAGUUUGAUUAAUUUUCAUGCUGAUGUGUUCAUUUUUAGUGAGGGUUCUAGAGCAGUAAAGAGUGUUGGAGUACAUCA